AUGAAUCCAAUGGAACGAUUUCGAUCGAAUUUGAAAGUAGCAUGUAUGCUGAAAAUUGAACCCGAAACAUGGUUUUCUCCACAUUUAGCAGCCUAUAUUAGGCAUGUCGCAUCAUAUUAUCAAGUAGAUGCACAUGCUAUGGUAUUAGCCAUUAUAAAUGGUAUAGCCACUACGUGCCGUUCAACUUAUGUUAAUCGAACAUCCCAUUUUAUGGUGCCAUGUAAUUUAUAUAAUAUUUUGGUGGCACGUUCAGGGUAUAGUAAGUCCAACAUUCUUGACUUGGCACAAUUAAUUGGAGAAACAGCUGCUGUUUAUUUUCAGCAAUCAGAAGAAAAUAAAGAAGAUGAAAUUCGUGAAGAAAAUUCUUCUGAAAUAUCAGGUUUAUCUGUUGUUUCAACAGUAACAACAAAAAACGUUUUAAGAAAAAGUAUUAAAGUGGUUUUCAACGAUGGUACACCAGCAGGAAUUUUAAACAACUUAAAGCAAUGUGCAAGAACAAUGCACUUACAUGAAGCUGAUGUAACAUUAAAAAGUUUUGGUUUAUUGCUACCAUCACCAUUUGAUAUUACACCACCAAAAUUAGAUUCAUUUCGUUCAACAUUAAUGACGCUACAUGAAAAACCAGGUCAUUUUUGUCGUAUUUUAAAAAACGAAGAAAUAGAUAUUUCUGGUUCCAAAUUGAAUAUUUUUGUACCGUCUACCGGUGAUUUAGUUGCUGCUGAAUUAGUUAGACAAGCAGCAUCAUUAUCAGCUGAUGCUCUUUUUGAACGUUUUCUUUUAUGGCCUUUAGACGGUGAACCAAUUCCGAACGAAAAAUGUAUUACGUCAAUUGAUUAUUCUCAAUUUUGUUCUUUAGAACAAUUUUCAGUUUUGUGUGGGUUUUUUGCCGAUCUUAUUCUGGAAUUGGAACCAGUUGGAAAACAGAUUUUAGCUGAUCAAGCAUACGAAUUUCGUAUAACAGGUAUGUACACUAAAUAUUUUUCCGAAGAAAAAAAAUGUUCAAGAAGAAGUGAACCAGAUACCAAAGAUAAUGUAUCUGCAAGAUUAAAUAAAACUGCUCUUGGUGCAUAUCGUAUAGCUGGUCUUUGUGCUUUAGCAGAAGCAGCAUUCGAUUUGGUCCCGGUUUUUAUCAACAAUUAUGUUACAUUUGGUAAUGGAAAAGCUGAUCAAACUUUUUUUCGUCGAGCAACUGAAAUUGCUACUGCACGAUAUGGUUCAAUAUUACGUAAAGAAGAAAAUUUUAUUAUUACUACUGAAAUAUGUAAAAGAGCACAAAGUGUAACAGUGCAAAAUCUAGCACAAUAUAUGAGUUUGAUGAAAAUAUUACCUGAAGAUAAAAAAAACUGGAUUGGUACAUCUGGAAGAUUUAUGAAACCAGUUAUGAUAAAUAAUACAAGAGAUGAGAACUGCGAAUCAGCUGAAUCAAUUGAUACAUUUUCAAGAUCUAUUAAUAUAUCACGUCAAACAACGUUACCAUUAACCAGAAAACAGGAAAACAUGAUUAAAAACAGCAACAAAUAUAAAACUUGGAUUUUAUUGCACAAUUCUUUAAUUUUUAUUAAAAGUAAUCUUUAUACUAAUAGCUUUCUAAAGAAAGCUAGUUCAAUAUUAGAAUCAAAUUUUCUUAUACCAUUGGUUAAUGAUGGAUACUUAUUAUCUGUACCAAAUGGUCUUAUUUGCACUAAAAGCAAAUCAACAGUUUAUGUGAAAAUAAUACCUUCUGAUGAUGAUGAUUCAAGAGAAAAAUUUUGUGAAUUAUUGAGUAAAAUAAAUAAUGAACGACUAAAUUACAACACGUAUAUGGAAUCUUGUAAAAAUAUUUCGCUUAACACGGUGGGUGUGGUGAGUCAAGAUUUUAUGAAAAUACUUCAACAAGAACGUUAUCAACGUUUAAAUAUUGAUUUUACAUAUCUUUUACGACGAAAUAAUAGUGAAAAUCAAAUUAGACUUAGUGAUGCUCCUUCGUCCAUAUUAACAGAAGAUACUCGAUCUACAUAUAGUGAAAAUGUCUUCACAAUGGAUGAUGACAAUUAUUCAACAACUAAUAUAAUAUAUAAAACAAAUUUACCGCGUCAUACAACUAAUAACAACUAUCCACUUGAUAUAAUUUUGAAUAAUGAUGAAAGUAUGUCCAACAAUCAACUAAUGGUAACACAUGAAGAAAUAAUUGAAGAUCAAUUUGAAGUGUCUUGUGUCGAACAUGAUCUCAUGACCACGGAAUCUUCUAUCGAUGAACAAGAUAAUAUUGUUUGUGAACAAAUAUUUCACGAAAAUUCAGUUAAAGAUAAAACAAAUGCUGAACAUGACACAAUCAACAACAAUCAUCCACCUGAUAUAUAUUUGAGCAAUGAUGAUAAUGAUGAAAGUAUGUCCAAUGUUGAUCAACUAAUGAUAGUACAGGAAGAAAUAAUUGAAGAUCAAUUUCAUAUAUCUCGUAUUGUACAAGAUCUCAUGACCACAAAAUCUUCUACCAAUGAACAAGAUAAUAUUGUUUGUGAACAAACACUUCACGAAAAUUCAAUUGAAGAUGAAUACACUGUUGAAACUAUCGUUGAUAGAAUAAAGAAUCGUAAACGCAAACGUACCAAUGCGUCUUUUAAAUAA